AAUAUUUAAUGUCUACUUAGGAGCUAUUAAGGUUCAUAACCAGCGAGAAUAUACCAACUAAAUUACUACUUCAUCCUCAAUAAUUCCGAUCUUACCCAUUGACCAAUUCUCCCUCGAAGGAGUUUAUUGUUUUCUUCUGAAGAGUUUUUUAAGCAAACACCAAUCAUUUUAAAAACCCGAGUGAUGGGAUGUGAUUGUGAAGUCAAUUAGGCUAUGCUUGACUGAAUCAAAUUGCUAGGCAAUAAAGUUUAAGGCUUUAUUUGUUCUGAGUCAGGAGAAAUUGGAAUCAGAAGCAGAAACCAAAGAUGGGUUCGAUCGCAAAGAGGGGAUUGCAACAGUAUUUGUUACAGCUUCAGCAUCAUCCCUUGAGAACUAAAGUAAUUACAGCAGGAUUCUUGUCCGCUGUUAGUGAUAUUGUAGCACAGAAACUCUCUGGCAUACAGAAACUUCAACUCAGACGCCUUCUUCUCAAAGUGCUUUUCGGGUGUGCAUACCAUGGACCAUUUGGGCAUUAUCUCCAUAUAAUACUGGAUAAAAUAUUCAAAGGGAAGAAGGAUACUAGAACAGUUGCUAAGAAGGUAGUGACAGAGCAGUUGACAUCUUCUCCUUGGAACAAUUUGCUGUUCAUGGUAUACUAUGGUGUGAUUGUUGAGAGAAGACCCUGGACGCUUGUGAAAAGUAGAAUAAAAAAGGACUAUCCGAAAGUGCAGCUUACGGCAUGGACGUUUUGGCCGGUAGUAGGCUGGAUAAAUCACCAGUAUGUACCGCAGCAAUUCCGUGUCAUAUUGCAGAUGGUGGUAGCAUGUUUCUGGGGAAUAUUUCUGAACCUGCGAGCGAGGUCUAUGGCAUUGACAAAAGAUUGAAUGUCUGAUCCGAAUCAGGUUCCUUGAACUUUCUGUAUUGCUCAACGGAAGUAUGUAGUGAUCAACAAUGAAACCAUGAUAUCAGUUUCAAACUGUGUGAUGUAAUGAUUUAUUUCCACUGUUUUUUGAAAAAAAAAAACGAGUUAAGUAAAAUUAUGGAUUUUUAAAGUAAAGUUAACUAAAAUAAAGUAACGGUUCGGUUUCUUUCAA